AUUGUUUGUCCAUUGUAUAGGGAUAAGGUCAAGGAAGCUUAGGGAAUAAAGCUUUAAAGUUAGUUCUCAUGCUACCAAAAGCUUCACUGUAGUUUUUGUGCUGCUUGAGGAAGGAGAUAUACUCAUAUACAUAUGCCAUGCCAUAUUCGAGACUUGAUCUGAGAAAAUUAGCUUUAAUGAGAUGCAGGAAUACGCUUGCUCUAAGGUUGAAAUCCCCGAGGGAACCUAUGGGCUUGACUCAGGAAAUUGUUGGUGAUGAACAGAAAAGCACUGUUUUAACUCAAACCGCUUCUGAUCUCUUCACUAAGAUGAAGGAUCGGUUUUUGAGCUUCAAAAAGGAUAAGUACUUGGCCAAUAUAGAACACUUUAAGGAGCUUGCAAUUGCUCAAGAACCAAAGUUUAUGGUGAUUGCUUGCGCAGACUCUCGGGUUUGUCCCUCAGUUGUCCUGGGAUUUCAACCUGGAGAAGCAUUUGUAAUCCGCAACAUCGCAAAUCUGGUGCCUUCUUAUGAGAAUGGCCCUUCAGAAGUAAAUGCUGCUCUUGACUUUGCUGUUAACACCCUCUGUGUGGAAAAUAUACUGGUUGUUGGCCAUAGCUGCUGUGGGGGGAUUCGUGCCUUGAUGAGUAUGGAAGAUGAGAUGAAUUCAAGUAGUUUUCUCCAUAAUUGGGUAGUUAUUGGGAAGAACGCGAGGUCUAACACAAAGGCCAUUGCCUCCAAACUGAGCUUUGAUGAGCAGUGCAGGCACUGCGAGAAGGAGUCACUCCACCACUCGUUGUUGAACUUGCUUACAUACCCGUGGAUAAAGAACAAGGUGGUGGAAGGUCAGCUUUUAAUUCAUGGUGGCUACUAUGACUUUGUUGAUUGUACAUUUGAGAAAUGGACUCUCGGGUAUACGAAAAGCAGCUCUAUGGUACACAACCAAUACUGUAUAAAAAACCGCGAAUUUUGGAGCUGACUAACUUACUCUCAGUUGCUCCAUUUAUCAUUCUUCGCUUUUAGAUAGAUUACAAGUUAAUAUAAAGCUCCUUGUGUCAACUUAGAUAUAGUAAUACACUUGCAUCAACUGUGAGCCAUAUAUGUACUAAUGAAAAUGAUUUGUUUCCUUCCA